AUGGAAUUUUUUAAAAUGCUCAUUGACGGAGACAUUACUUCAAACGCACAAGGAUUUACUGCAGUGCAUCUAGCCAUUUUGCUGAAUCACAAAGAAACGUUACGAAUCCUCAUAAAAAAUGGUGCCGAUGUGAACUUGAAAAUUGGAACAGGCGAGACUCCGCUUCAUUAUGCUGCGCUACUAGGACCUGAAGAAAUUUGCAGGAUACUACUCGAGAGUGGAGCUGAUGUAAAUGCCAAAGACCAAAUUGAACACACGGCACUGCACGUAGCCAUUCAGCAUAGGCACAAAGAUAUCGUCCAACUCCUCGUAGAUCAGGGUGCCGAUUUCAACUUGAAAACUAGAGAGGGCGAGACUCCGCUUUAUUUUGCUGCGCAAGUGGGACACGAAGAAAUUUUCAGGUUGCUAAUUGAGAGAGGAGCUGACGUGCAUACGCAAGACAUAAAUGGAUUAACGGCGCUGUUCCAAGCCAUUAAGGAGGGACACAAAGAUAUUGUACAAAUCCUCCUAGAUCAGGAUGUCAAUGUAAAUUUGAAAAGUAAAAAGGGCGAGACAGCGCUUCAUUUUGCUGUGCGACUAGGAGUAGAAGAAAUUUGCAGGCUGUUAAUCAACAAAGGAGCUGACGUGAAUGCCGAAAACAUACAUGGAUUUACGCCGCUGUGGGUAGCCAUUAUCGAGGGACACAAAGAUAUCCUACAAAUCCUUAUAGAUCACGAUGCCGAUGUCAAUUGGAAAUGUAAAACCGGCGACACACUGCUACGUUUUGUUGUGCGAAGAGGACACGAUGAAAUUUGCAGGUUGUUAAUCAAAAGAGGAGCUUACGUGAAUGAAAAAGAUGAAUGUGGAUACACAGCGUUACAUUUUGCCGCUGAAUUUAAUCAAAUACGUAUCAUGGAAAUUCUUUUGAAUUCGGGCGCCGAUGUCAAUGCCAUAAAUGGAACUGGAAAUACUGCACUUCAUCUUGCAUCGCGCGCCAAUCAGUAUGAAGCCGUUCUGACUCUCAUAGAAUACGGUUCGAACGUAAACAUUGUUAAUAAAUACCAUGAGACAGCGUUGCACUUAUACUGUCUUAAGGAUAGAUAUGUGAGUCACUACGAUUUCUCCAAUUUACAACAGCAAUUGCUUAAAAUGCAGAUUGCUGACUUAGACGUGAAUAACGAAAAUGUGGAGAAAAAUCUUAAUGUCACUAUGGAAAUAAACGGCCAAUCUCAGUUUAAGGAGAGAUGUAUUGAAGAGAUAAAGAGAAUGAAAAGCACAAAAAUUAACAAUACUUUUCUAAGUUUCCAUGAUAUCCUAACAAAACGCAUAGACCAAGUAGCAUUAUACGCGAGGAAUGAAGAUAUUGUUCAGGUUUUACAACAGGGCAAUUAUGAAAGAGAAUUUCCUACGUACGGAGACAUAAUAAAACGUCGUUUCAAAAGAUCUAUGGUACGAAAGGAGUUACUUGACGAGGGCGUUAUAUUUUUCCGCCGUUACUUCAGUAGAAAUUAUGAUUUACCUUGUAUUCGAGAAAUGUUAAACUCCCUCAGUAACAGCGACCUAACGAAUUUGAUAGAUGCUUAUAAAAACGUUGUAACAAAACGUGAAACACUGUAA